AAAUGCUAAUAUUAUUCUUAGCAUAGUUGUUAUAUGCUCAGCAUAUAAUUUUUGAAGAGGAUUUUAAAGAUGGUUAAUUAAAUUCAGACUUGUGGAAAAAAUCUGAUGUUGCUACUAUUGUUCCUUGUCCUGGAACAACAAAUGAUUAUUGUGCAAAUAUAGUAAAGUAAAGUUAUGCAAAUGGAAUGAUAUCUGCACCUUUUAAAAUUGAAAUGGAAUAGGAUGUAACAGUAGAAUUUAAAUAUUUAACAAAAUCUACCACUAAUAGAGGAGUUCAAUCUGGACUAUUUGUGGGAUAUACUGAUGAGUAAUAAAGCGGAUAUUGUUGGUUCGCUUCAGGAUAUUCAUAUUCAAGUACUUUUUAUAAGCAAAAUACUCAAAAUACGGAUCCUGCUUAUUUAUGUCCAAAUGAUGAAUCUGUUUUAAUAUAAGAUCUUCUUAAUGACUGGAAAACUGUAAUUUUUAUUUUAUUUAUUUUUAGAUUAAAUAUACAAUCCCAUCAGCUACUUUGAAAGCUAAGAAUUAAUCUUAAUUAUCCUUAAUAUUUUAGGAUUUCAUAAAUGAAAACAUAGGAGGAGCAUAUUAUAUAACCAAAAUACUUGUAUAUUAUAAUAAGAAUUGCACAGCUAGAUGUAGUGAAUGCACAACUUUUUAUGAUUGUACUAAUUGUACAGAACCAUAUAGAUGGUUAGAAGGUGUUUGUUAUAAUGUUGAUUGUGGAAAUAGUUUAGAAUAAUCAAUCCCAUAUGGUACAGAUUCUUUGGUAGAGAGUAUAACUGCUACUACAUAUUCGGCUACUAUUAAAAUACCGAAUUAUGAUUUUAAAGGAUGUUGGCCAGCUUAGUGGGUAACAAUAGAUAAGAAUGAUGGUAAAUUUACAGAAUUAAAGUUUUGGUAUGAUUCACCAUCUACAGCUAAAUUGCUUAUAGAUUAAUAUAAUAUGACAGGUGCUAAUUGUUAAUAAACUGAUAAUCCAUAAAUUUAUGAUUGUUCAUUCCAUUUUAACGUACAUUUUAAUGAAUAAAUUAUGUAUGAAAGAAAUUGGACAGCUACUAUUGAUUAUUCUAAAUCUUCUAUUUUAAGUUUGUAAGUACCUCCUAAAACUUUGAAUCCUCCAUCAUUGGUUAUUGCUAUUUAAUCAGAACUUGAUUAUUGUGACAAUAUAAAUGAUUGCAAAUUUACUAAAGAUAAAAUAACUUUAGUUCUUAAUUAAAGAUUCAAAGUUAGAUUAACAAUUAUUGAUUCAAAUCUUAAGAGUUGGAAAUUAGAAAAAGGAGCUGUUAAAUUAUAGGGAUAAGGAACUCUAGUUAAUUUACCUAUUUUAGAAACUGUUAUUGGAGAAGGUUAAAUCAUUUAUACUGUCAGAUUGGCUAUCAAAGGAGAAAAAGGUAAUGGAUUUGCUGUGACUGCUAAAAUUACAAAUCCAAAUGUAGCCAGUAGUAGAAGGAGAAGAGUUCUUAAUGAAGAUUCUACUGGUAGAUUAGCAGUAGGGAAUUUGAAUGGUAAUUAGAUCACAUUCAAAUCGAGAACACUUUAAAUAGAAGAUGAUCCUGAGUUUUCUUAAUUAAUAUUGGCACCUCUAUUACUUUUUGCAAUAUUUGGAUUUUGAUAUUGGAAAGAAGACAUUCAAAC